AUGAGUUUCAACGAUUUAGAAAGAGGUCAAAGUCAACCUUUAUUAAGGGGUAAUGCACCUGACCAAGAUGCGACUUUCACUGCAUUGAAAGACUCAGUAUCGAUACAAAUAUUCAAAAUACAAAGUAAUGUUCAAGGUAUACAGAAAUUAGUAGAUAAAUUAGGUGGAACAGGGGAUGGAUCAACUUUAAGGACUAGUCUGCAUAACUUGACUGAAGCCACACGAGAGAUGGUCAAGAAGUCAACGGAAGAUGUAAAGAGACUAGCUUCAUAUCCAGCUGGAGGAGAAUUUGCAUCUCGAAAACCUAUACAGACUAAGCUCUCUAAAGAAUUUGGCAAUUCAAUAACCGCAUUCCAAAAAGUACAACGACAAUCAGCAGAAAGACAACGGAGUUAUGUUGAAAAUCAGAAGAGGAAAGUUGAUAGGUUGAUAGAAGAGUCUGAAGAGGCGCAUGACGAACCUAGAUCAUCAGUGGAAUUAGAGCAGGUCCAGGCUCAACAACAAGUUCAACAAGUAUCACCUCAAGAACUCGACUUCCAAGAAACGCUCAUCGCAGAACGUGAAGCUGAAAUAAGAGAAAUUGAAACUGGUAUACAUGAAUUAAAUGAUAUCUUCAGAGAUUUAGGCACAAUGGUAGUUGAACAAGGUGGAUUGAUAGAUAAUAUCGAAUCAAACGUAACAUCAGUAGCGAGAGAUACGUCUUCCGCAGCUGAGGAAUUGACUACUGCACAUGAAUAUCAGCGUAAAGCGGGAAGAAGAAUGGCAUGUUUAUUGAUGAUUUUGGUUAUUGUAGUUGCGGUUGUUCUUUUAGCUAUCUUAUCAUAG